UAACUUUAACGACUACUUCCAAACUCAAUAUGUUCUUCAAAAAUACAAGAAUUAAGCAAUAUGUGGCUGGAUUUACAGCUUGCAUGUCUUUAGCUUCUGCAACAAUUUACAUGACAUGGUCUUCUCCAGCUCUUCCUAUAUUGCUUGGAGAGGAUUCUCCGUUGGGUUCACCAAUGGACGUCGAAGAUGCUUCUUGGAUGAUUUCCAUAUUCAUUUUGGCUAGUUUACUGGGAGCGCCGCUCACUGCUUACCUUCUGGAUAACAUUGGACGUAAGAACACGCUUCUCCUUUCCGCGUUCUUCACAUUUCUACCAUGGUUCUUGAUCAUCUUCGCAAAUGCCCCAUGGAUGCUUUACGUCGCCAGAACACUUGGCGGAAUUGGUUAUACAAUGGCGCAAUCGGGAUCUGUUAUUUAUAUAGCAGAAAUAGCUGAUAAGGAUAUUAGAGGACGAUUGGCUGUAAUUACGAAUGCUAUCAAACUCUUAAUAGGUUUCUUAAUCCUUUCUGUGGGUCCAUUCGUAUCGUAUACAGUGCUUGGAAUUAUGUGCGCCGUCCUCCCACUGACCUUCUUUCUCAUCUUCAUUUCGAUGCCGGAAUCUCCGUAUUAUUUGUUACAAAUCGGAAAACGCGAGGAUGCGAGGAAUGCCUUAAUCAAAUUCCAACCCGCAGGAGUGGAUGAUAAAACUUUAGAUCAAAGGUUAGAUGAGAUUUCCGAUUCAGUAUAUUCCGAUAUGGAGAAUAGCAUGGGAUACAAGGAAUUGUUUACCAACAAGGAAUACCGGUCCGGUAUUUUGAUCAUGGCUGGUCUUAACACUUUCCAACAGCUGAGCGGUUUUGUAGCUAUCGAGUCUUACCUGCAAACCAUUAUAGAAUCAUCUAGCAGUAUUUUAUCCCCACAACAUUCGAGUAUUAUUUUUGGGGUCAUCCGCAUACCAGGAGCGAUUAUUUCCUCUUUUUUUAUAGAUCGUCUAGGAAGGAAGCCGGUUCUGCUAUUAUCCUUCGGAAUAUGUGGUUUGGCUUUACUCUCUGAAGGCACUUACUUCUACCUGCAGGAUUUCGUCCAUGCCAACGUCGACGUCAUUUCCUGGUUACCCACCACCAGCAUCGUUAUAUACUUGAUCGGCGAAUCGUUUGGUUUGGUGGAGGUUCCGUUCCUGCUGAUGGGUGAAUUGUUUCCUAUUAACAUCAAAGGUGUUGCUGUGACAACUUGCGGUUGCUACGGCGAUAUUCUGGCCUUCACUAUAUCCAAGAUCUUCAGCCCGAUCUGCGUUGCUUGGGGCUACUACACGGCAUUCUGGAUCUUCACCUUCGGAUGCAUCGCCGGGUGCGUCUUCAUAUACACGGUUGUUCCCGAAACCAAAGGAAAAACUUUCGAAGAGAUCCAGCGUAAACUAAAAAAGAACUCUGAAAGCAAUCAAUAAAUCGCAGUUUACUACUUUUUAUGAAAUUUGCUUCUCAUCUUCGUGUUUUCAAUCAUGCAGCAUAAUCUCAUCCAAGUUUUUGAUAAAUUUCAAUGUUAUUAUUUAACAUAUUCAUUAUUCAAAAUUUUACAUAAAAUAACUACAUCAAUUUAAGUUAAACAAAAAAAUAUUGUCUUAAGUUAAAAUGAUCACAACACAGUAA